AUGUCCAGAGUCUCCUAUGUUCUCCUCGAUGGAGAUUCUCGUCUCUCGUCCCGAUCAGCUUCUAAAUAUUUAUUGGUUCUUUUGAUGCUCGUUGCUCUACUCUUUGUAGUACUCCCAUAUAUUCAAGACUCGACUGAAACAACACCAUCUGGGGAGUAUGUCGAAGAAGUUGCUCUCCCGCUGCCUGCAUACAUUGAGCCGGGAUCCGUUUCCCCAGUUUUUGAGGCUUUCUACAAUUGUGUCAGGCCGAAAUUAGCUCCGUUGGCCGGUAGUUAUGAGGAGUUCUGGUUCUCAUUUGUAAACUUAACAAAAGAGUGCGACGAUCUGGAAGCGUACAACGCGAUCGAUUUACGACCAGCUCCAAAUCGAGAUGAAGUCAAACAUGUGGCGUACCCCAGAAAAAUAGACGAUCUAACAAUGAUAACGUUCGGUAUCGGGCAUGACGUGAGUGCGGAGAUCAAGUUGAAAGAGAUGUACCCGACAUUCGAGUUCUAUGGAGUGGAUCCGAGCUCUUAUAUCAAUCAGAAUUUGUACGAGAAGGAUUUGGGUGGAAAGUAUUUCGAGUACGCAAUCAGUGGACACGGGGGAAUGCUGAACUCACGAGUUUUUAGAAAGGGAGGAUACCGUGAGGAAGUGACAAAAACCAUCGGCGCUGAUGUGUUUUUUGCCGAAAUAGUGCAGAAAAAGAAGAUCGAUGUGUUAUGGAUAGAUGUUGAAGGACACGAGUAUCCAAUUCUGAAUCAACUUCAUCAUAACGGGGCACUCGACAAGAAAGGUGUUGUAGUGUGUCAAAUAAAUGUGGAAAUGCACAAAGACACAUUCAAAGAGGAGCAGGGAGAAACGAAAAAGUUCCAUGAUUUUGUGUGGAAAGUUCUGGAGGAUCGAAGAUACGUUAUGCUUAAGCCGGUGUUCGUUCGUUAUAUGGCGAAACGGUUCAUCAGAACUUUUAUUGUGAAUGUGGCUGACAAGGAGUGCACUGACUUGUUUUUGAGCUGA